AGCCGGCAGAGGAGGGUGCGGGAGACAGGAAGAGAGUAGCGGCUGCUUCCUUGCUAGUGGCGGCGGCGGCGUCCGUAGUAGCAACUGGGGCGGCGCGCCCGGGGCUGGUCCCGGCGCUGCGGGGCUGGAGAGGCGCCGCAGCAGCAGGGGCCGGGGGUGUCGCUGGGCCGGCCAGGCCGGCGGAGGUGGCCGCGCGGCCCGUGUCGCGCUGUAAGAUGGCGGCGGCGGGCGGAGGCAGCAGCGUGAACCCGUUCCUCAGCGACUCCGAGGAGGAGGAGCCGAGAGACGGCGGCGGCAACGACCCCGGCCUGGGAGGCCCGCUCUCCCCGCAGCAGCACGAGGAGGAGGAGGCGGCGGUGGAGGUUCCCGGGGUGCUGCCGGGUCUGCGGGCGGCGGCCCCCGGGGAGGCCGGCUGGGCCGGGCCCGGCGCAGGAGAGCCCCCCCGGGUGCCCGUGGACGCGCUGGCGGCGCAACUGCUACGGGACCAGUUCCUGCUGACGGCGCUGGAGCUGCACACGGAGCUGCUGGAGAGCGGCCGCGAGCUGCCCCGUCUGCGCGACUAUUUCUCCAACCCGGGCAACUUCGAGCGGCAGAGCGGCACCCCGCCCGCGGGGGGAGCCCCGGGCCUGUGGGGAGCUGCCGGCGCGGCGCCGGGGGGAGCGGCAGCCAGCGGCAAGGAGCCCGGCCCCGGGCAGCUCAAUCGAGCUGGAAGCAUUAGUACCCUUGAUUCCUUAGACUUUGCAAGAUACUCUGAUGAUGGAAACAGGGAGACAGAUGAACGCGUAGCAGUCCUGGAGUUUGAACUACGGAAAGCCAAGGAGACCAUUCAGGCCCUCCGAGCCAACCUGACUCAGGCUGCAGAAAAUGAAGUUCCUUUGCAGGAACGAAAAAAUUAUAAAUCAAGUCCUGAAAUUCAGGAGCCAAUCAAACCUCUUGAGAAAAGAGCUCUAAACUUCCUAGUCAAUGAAUUUUUAUUAAAGAAUAGUUACAAGCUUACUUCAAUAACCUUUUCAGAUGAAAGUGAUGAUCAGGAUUUUGAACUGUGGGAUGAUGUAGGAUUGAACAUUCCAAAGCCUCCAGACUUGUUACAACUCUAUCGUGACUUCGGAAACCAUCAAGUAACUGCAAGAGAUGUUGUGGAUGUAGCAGUUGGUGUUGAAGAGGAUGAGUUAGAAGUUACCACUCCUACACUAGGGAGCGUGCCUGUAUUUGGAGUAUCACAGUCAACAGAACAAUUCUUAAUAAUGCAAAAAUUAGAAGAUCAAAUUAAUACAUUAAACAGUGAGAAAUGGUCUUUGACGGAACAAAUCCGAAGACUUGAGAGUGAAAUAGACUUCCUCAAGAAUGAAAACUUUGCUGUUCCAGUGGUUUGUGACUUAGUCCACGUGCCUCCCUCAGUUCCAGAGGACAAUGGAAGUUACUUAGAUAUCAAGAGUUCAGACAAUGACAGUAAACAUGGAAAAACUGAGGAAAUAAGCCUUUCCAUAUCAGCCGAAGCAGAUUCAAAGACACCUAAAGAUGAUACACUAAAUUCUCUCCCUAGCAAAGAGAGAGAGAAAUUGCCCUCUUGUGCUCUAUCAAAUAAAGCUGCAAUACACUUUGAUAAACCUAAUAGGACAUUGUCACCAGCUUUCCAUCAAGCACUACUAUCUUUCUGUCGGAUGUCAGCAGAGAGUCGUUUGGGAUCAGAGGUGUCUCGGAUUGCAGAUAGCGAAAAAAGUGUCAUGUUAAUGCUGGGACGUUGCCUGCCACACAUUGUUCCUAAUGUGCUGCUUGCAAAACGAGAGGAAUUGAUCCCACUCAUACUGUGUACAGCCUGCCUCCAUCCUGAACCCAAAGAGAGAGAUCAGCUCCUACACAUACUGUUCAAUUUGAUCAAACGACCAGAUGAUGAGCAAAGACAAAUGAUAUUGACUGGCUGUGUGGCAUUUGCUCGACAUGUUGGACCAACACGUGUAGAAGCUGAGCUCUUACCACAGUGUUGGGAACAGAUCAAUCACAAAUACCCAGAGAGACGAUUACUAGUGGCAGAGUCCUGUGGAGCUCUAGCACCUUAUCUUCCUAAAGAGAUUCGUAGUUCAUUGGUGCUUUCCAUGCUGCAACAGAUGCUAAUGGAAGAUAAGGCAGAUCUGGUACGAGAAGCUGUGAUCAAAAGCCUGGGUAUCAUCAUGGGAUACAUAGAUGAUCCAGACAAAUACCAACAGGGUUUUGAACUGCUGCUUUCAGCUUUGGGAGAUCCCUCAGAACGAGUAGUUAGUGCAACACAUCAGGUAUUUUUACCCGCCUAUGCUGCCUGGACUACAGAACUGGGAAAUUUACAGUUGCAUCUUAUACCUACACUGCUUAAUAAGAUUGAAAAGUUACUCCGGGAAGGAGAACAUGGGCUGGAUGAACAUAAGCUACACAUGUAUCUUUCUGCUUUGCAGUCCUUGAUUCCUUCACUGUUUUCACUGGUACUACAGAAUGCACCUUUCACAAGCAAAGCUAAGCUCCAAGGUGAAGUGCCACCAAUAGAAGUGACUAGAUUCCCUCGGCCUGUCUCACCUCUUCAGGAUGUGGCUACUAUCAUUGGAAGCCGUGAACAGCUAGCGGUGCUGCUGCAGCUUUAUGAUUACCAACUGGAACUUGAGGGUACCACAGGCUGGGAGACUUUGCUAUGGGUUGUCAAUCAACUGUUACCACAGCUUAUAGAAAUAGUUGGCAAAAUCAAUGUUGCCUCAACUGCCUGCGUCCAUGAAUUCUCCAGGUUUUUCUGGCGGCUUUGCAGGACAUUUGGGAAAAUUUUCACAAACACUAAGGUAAAACCGCAAUUCCAAGAAAUCUUAAGACUAUCUGAGGAAAACAUCGAUUCCACUGCAGGGAAUGGGGUACUAACAAAAGCCACAGUACCCAUCUAUGCAACAGGUGUCCUUACAUGCUAUAUUCAGGAAGAAGACCGCAAACUGUUAAUUGGAUUCUUAGAAGAUGUAAUGACUAUGCUUUCACUAUCACAUGCGCCUCUUAAUAGUCUGAAGGCUUCUUUUGUGGAACUGGGUGCAAACCCAGCAUACCAUGAACUGCUGUUAACUGUACUGUGGUAUGGAGUUGUUCAUACUUCAGCUCUUGUUCGAUGCACAGCUGCUAGAAUGUUUGAGCUGUUGGUGAAGGGGGUACAUGAAACUCUGGUAGCUCAGAGAGUUGUUCCUGCUCUCAUUACUCUCUCCAGUGAUCCUGAAAUCUCUGUAAGGAUAGCCACAAUUCCGGCUUUUGGUACCAUCAUGGAAACAGUUAUUCAGAGAGAGCUACUGGAAAGAGUAAAAAUGCAGUUAGCGUCUUUCCUGGAAGAUCCUCAGUAUCAAGACCAACAUUCUUUACACACAGAGAUCAUAAAAACGUUUGGAAGAGUCGGACCUAAUGCUGAGCCCAGAUUCAGAGAUGAAUUUGUUAUUCCGCACUUACACAAGUUAGCCUUGGUCAACAACCAGCAGUCUGUGGAUUCAAAGAGACUGGACAUUGCAACCCAUCUGUUUGAAGCAUAUAGUGCUCUUUCCUGUUGUUUUAUUUCAGAGGAUUUAAUGGUCAAUCACUUUUUGCCUGGACUCAGGUGUUUACGAACUGACAUGGAACAUCUCUCGCCAGAGCAUGAGGUUAUUUUAAGCUCCAUGAUAAAGGAGUGUGAACAGAAAGUGGAAAACAAGACUGUCCAAGAACCGCAAGGCUCAAUGUCAAUUGCUGCAAGCCUUGUGAGUGAAGAUACAAAGACCAAGUUUUUGAACAAAAUGGGCCAGUUGACUACAUCAGGUGCCAUGUUGGCCAACGUGUUUCAGAGGAAGAAGUAAAAUUUGGAAAAGAAAUUCAAAUAAACACUAAGAUGGACCUCAUGCAGGCUGGUUCCUUGUACUUGAAGUACUUGCCUUUUUAUUUCCCCUGUCUGAUGUUCUUGUAAUAUAAUUUUAUUCUAACCUCCAAAGAUAUUUGCACUGCUUUUGAAUAUCGCUGUGUAUCCGUUAAAUUUUGGGUUAACUGUGGUUGGUAUAAAACUGAAUUCAUAGUCUGUACCAAGUCCCUGUUCUGUGUUCUUGUCUUUCCAGCAUUUUUUAUAUAGUGAAAGGUAUUUUUUAUUUUAUUUUCUGACAAGAUAUCAGCAAAUAUCUGUAUUAUACACGGAGCUAUUACAAUGGUACUUAAAAUAAUGUAAAUUUGAAGUCAUUGUGAUAAAGUAAUAAAAGUGGAGAUUACUUAUGUAUUUAAAUUAUGAAAAAGUAGUGCAGACUUUUUUAUGUUUCUAAAAUGACAAGGAAAAGCCACCAGCACUAGUCUCUGCUUUUUGGAUUGUGUUUUUGUAAGUACUGUACAUUUCCAGUCUAGCGAAAUUGCAGCAUAUAAUGUAUAAAACUGCUUGCACUGCAUUGAUCCAUGGGAAACAUUCAGCAUUUCAGAUGCUUCAGUGUGUAUUCUGUAAGUAGUGUAUCAGAUUCUCCAGAUAAACCUCUUCUAUCUGAGGUUUUUUUUGUUUUUUUUUUUUUAACUUUAACUGAAGCACUUUAACUAUUAGUCUACCUACUGAAAGGCACGUGCCCUGAUUAAAGAAAGUAAAUUGAUGAUCAAGAUUAAUCAUACCAAGUAUUCAAGCUUAAAGGGUCUGACUCCUCUAGGGUCUUGUAAGGUCCUUAGGUCAGAGCCAAUGCACUGCACUAGAGAUGUCUACAGACAGAACCAUACGUAAUAGCAAAAGAGCGAUCUCAUCUUCCCCUCACUGCACAGUAGUGUGCAGUACGAUAGCUAAAAGCAAUAAUGAGAUUAGUUAGCUUAUCUAACUCAAUUCAGACUUGGAAGAAAAUAUUUUAAAUAAUUAAUGAGAAUUUGUGACAUACAAAAUGUUUCAAAUAUUCUCAAGUAGAUUAUAUACAUGUUUAUAAAAUCCAUAUACCUAUUUUUAGAGAAUAAAAGCAAUCUUUAAAAGCAGUGUCUUUAACAAUUAUUCGGGAGUUUUUUAACAAUGAAACCUUGAUAAAGCAUCUUCACAAAUUCCAAGUGUGUCCUUGUUCUUAUGGACACUUCCACUAUAUUUUGGUUAAUGUAAGCAUCUGAAUGUAAACUGAAGUGCACGUGUCAAACAAAAAUUCUAAAUGGAAAAAGUGAGAUUCUCUGAAAGUGUCACGAUACCAUUAGAAUUUGACGUAUUAAUUUUUUUGGCAAUUGGGGAAGUGAAAGGAGUGAAUAGAUAACAAAAGAAUAGAUUUCUGAAACAGAAUGUGGAUGUAGUGUUCCCCAUGCACAUAGCUAAUACCCACUACUAAUAUCCUUAACUACUUUGUAUCUUUGCCUAAUGGCACUGGAUGCACAUUGCCCAACAUACUUGCAAAGUGAGAACCUGCUACACCCAAAUCACAACAGUCCUUUUUUACACUGUACAGAGAGGCCUUUUAACAGACAGCUCAGUUCCUUCACAUAGUUGUUACCAUGAAAUAACUAUGCUCUUACACACUAUCUGACUGUGAAAUGAUGGAGACAUUCCUGAAGAAGUGGAAGUGGCUAACUUUCCUGUCAAUUGUUCUGUUAUAAAUAAAGAGUUUUGCCUAUGA